ACAGAGCCAGCCAUGCAAGCCACCCGGACACCCACACUUUGCGUCGUGGCUGACUGCACCAUCCCGGCUGGCCUUCGGAUAGGACCGGUGCCAGGGAUAUUCAAGCUUGGGAAGUAUGUGUCGGACCGCAAAGAAGUUGGACACAAGAGAAAGAUUCGCUUGGUGAGAGGAGAUUUCGUGGACGAGAAUGGCAAUCCCCUACCAGACUGGAUUGGCCUCAUCCGGGCAGCCAGAAACACCCAAGAACAAAAUCUAGAGGCCGUUUCGGAUUUACCUGGAGGACAGAUUUUCUAUCGAGUGCUGCGGGAAAUCCAGACGGGAGAGGAAUUAAGUGUAUGGUACUCCAACGCACUUGCCCAAUGGUUCGAUAUACCCACGACCGCUACUCCAACCCACGACGAGAAAGGGGAAGAACGCUAUAUCUGUUGGUACUGCUGGAGAAUCUUCAAAUAUCCCAACACACUCAAAGCCCACGUUCACUUUCACUGUGCCCUGAGCAAUGGCAGAGGCUUCGUGAACAACGAGCCGAGCAGGGGGUCUGAAAACCUCAGCAGGUCACCGAAAUCGGGGGACAUACCCAACAACGCCUCCUCGCCUAGGAACGGCCACAGCACCUCCAUCUCAGACUCGGUCAAGCGAAACGUCUCAUCGUCUCCCUUCUUCAACAAGACGGGGGCGCUGAAGAAGUUCACGGCGGAGGAACAAGAGAGGGCACUGGACAUGAGCGUGGCGUCAGCCAGGAACCACGGGCAUCUGCUGGGCCUUGGAGGCACCUCUGCCGUUCUAAGCACCAUGGGCUUUCACCCUGGAGUACGCUCUGCGUUUAAACCUAUGGGACUGGCAAAGAUUACACCUGCUGAUGUGUCCAGGGAGGAAUCCCCGGGAAAGCCUAACGGCAUGGGUUUCAACAAGCUUGUGGGGGGAGUGAAGUCAAAUCGCUCGUUGAACGAACAGGUGUCUGGGGGUCACCCACCCAAAUGUGUCCACCCGGUAGACCCGGCAUCCUCAGUAGUGCCUUGUGCCAACACGAUCCGGGGCUUCCCGUUGCUGCCCCACUUGGAGGAGAGCUCUGCUUUCAAGCAUGUGGAGGGUCGCAUGCACUCUGGGAUUUCGCCGUCACGCUACCCUCAGAUCUCGCCUGCUGGGUUCCAUUUCGAGCGCUUUUCCCUGCCUCAGUUCGAUGGGGUGAAACCUUACAAUGGAGACUGCAACAUCCCUCUCAUGCCCUUCACAGUUUACAAUGGCGAGUUGCUGUACAGCUCGCCCUACUACCCUUUCAAGUUUCACUUUGGAAACCUCCUCAAGUACCCGGAGUCAGUUUCCUACUUCGGCACGCCAGGACUUAACCCUGACAUGAACUCAAUCACCAAUAUUGACAGGGAAAUCGCCAUGCACACCCAGCAAUUGUCCGAGAUAGCCGUGGAAAAGAACCGCGCCAGGCUCGAGUCCAUGCCUGCGACUAAUGCGGGUGCCGGGAAGCCCAAAAAGGGCCACCUGUGCCUGUACUGUGGCAAACUGUACUCGCGUAAAUACGGCCUGAAAAUUCACAUGCGGACACAUACGGGUUACAAGCCGCUGAAGUGCAAAGUGUGUUUCCGGCCCUUUGGUGACCCCAGUAAUUUGAACAAGCACAUUCGAUUGCACGCGGAGGGCAACACGCCGUACAGGUGCGACUUCUGUGGGAAGGUGUUGGUGCGGCGGAGAGAUUUGGAGAGGCACGUGAAAUCAAGACACCCUGGUCAAACCAUCAAAAAGGCGGAUGAUAAACUGGACGGCAUGUAUGAAGACCCCGAGCAAAAGAGCGACGACAGUGAUGUUGAUGUUUGUUUCACAGACGAUCAGAGUGACCAAGAAUCGAGCAAAAAUAAUGACUGACACUGUGCUCAGUGUGGCUACCUGUCAGACAGGCUAUAGGCAUUUUGUACAUGUACAGAUUAUUGUAAAAUAUAAUU